AGUCGCCAUUUUGAUCUCGUUGUACGGAGGUGCAGCUACUUUUCAGAGCUGAUCAGCGGCGUAAACAGCAACCCCGAAGCAGUUCUAGUGAUACAGAACAUAUCGCAAAUAACAAAAUGAGCCGUAUUUUUAUUGGUCGCUUGAGCCCGCACGCCAGAGAGAGAGAUGUGGAAAAGUUUUUCAAGGGAUAUGGACGGAUUCGAGAGAUCAACUUGAAAAAUGGAUUUGGAUUUGUGGAGUUUGAUGACCACAGAGAUGCUGAUGAUGCCGUGUACGAGUUGAAUGGGAAGGAGUUGUGCAGUGAAAGGGUUACCAUUGAGCAUGCUCGCUCCAGGAGAGGAGGAGGAGGAGGAGGUGGCGGAGGAAGAGGAGGAGGAGGAGGUGGCGGCGGCGGCCCUGGAAUGGGACGUUUUGGAGGUGGUGGUAUGGGUGGAGGAGGAGGAGGAGGAGGAGGUGGUGGUGGUGGUUAUCGACGUAACAAUGCCAGGUAUGGCCCUCCUGUGAGAACCGACUACAGGCUUAUUGUGGAGAACCUCUCAUCCCGGAUCAGCUGGCAGGACCUGAAAGACCUGAUGAGAAAAGCGGGUGAAGUUACCUUUGUGGACGCACACAGACCCACUCAAAAUGAAGGGGUGGUUGAGUUUGCUUCUCGCCAUGACCUGAAGAACGCCAUGUCCAAACUGAAUGGGACCGAGCUGAAUGGACGCCGGCUGAAGCUCUACGAGGACAGCAAGAGGAGUCGCUCCCGCAGUUAUUCCCGUUCCAGGAGCCGCUCCAGGAGCCGCAGUCGCUCCAGGAGCAGCUCCAGGUCCCGGAGCCGCACCCCAGAAAGGAAGAAGACCUCUGGAGGCAGCAAGCCCACAGCCAGAUCCCCGUCUCGCUCCAAGUCUCGCUCCAAGUCUCGCUCCAAGUCUCGCUCCAAGUCUCGCUCCAAGUCCCGCUCCAAGUCCCGCUCCAAGUCCCGCUCCAAGUCCCGCUCCAAGUCCCGCUCCAAGUCCCCUUCUAAGUCCCCUUCUAAGUCCCGCUCUAAGUCCCGCUCCAAGUCUCGUUCACCUGCUCCUGCUCCAAAUGAAGUGUCUGGUUCCAGAUCCCGCUCUCGAUCCAGAUCUGGGUCCGGCUCCCGCUCCGCCUCAGCUGAUAGUAAACACUAAGCUGGCUGCAGCCGUGGGUCAGAACCUGGAUUUAAAUUUGUUCUGGGUUGGCCCAGCAGGUGAGACAGGGUGAACAGGACAAAACCUUUGGUCAGGAGUAGGUGUGUAAAAGUUUAAGUGGGACUUUUUUUUUUGUUGUAAUUCUUAGCUUUAAUUUUUACGUCCACAGAAGUAAAAUUCAGUAAAAAAAAAAAAAGUAAAAAAAAAAAACAUUAAAAUUUGACUUUACUGUAGUGGUGUCGCAGUACAGCUUAGUUUUUUUAUUCCUCAUCUUUUGUUCCUUGUUGAAUCCUUACAGGCAAAACAAAUUAAUUUCUUUUCUUCUUUUUUUGUUGAAAUUAUGCUUCUGAUGAGGCCCUUGUAUAUUUUAAGUUGAAUUGAUGUUUGAUUAUAAAAUCUUUUUUUUUUUUUCAGAAAGUCACUGUUUGGAAAU